ACGUCCAAAGCUGGUGUCCGAAGUGAUAAAAAUAUUAGUGUACGAUAUCAAUGUACAGAGUGUCUUGUAUCCAAAUAAAUGCAUCUCAGCAUGGAGGUAUGAGGCCGAAUGUGGCAACACUGGCGGUCUCCAUGUUUGUCAACAAAGCACCAGCGGCCAGUUGUCCUUCACACAAACUGUGCGUGUCAUGAAGGAAAGGGUUUCCUUGCCAUGUGAAGAUCUUUCUAUGAGUUAUCGUGGAAGAGAUUGACAUGUGAAAGUGGAUGGGUGAUGCAGAUUUCUUCUUUUGGCUUUGCCGGACGUACGGAUGCCAGGAGAUGGACCCCUCCACGUUGACAUGGUAUCGAUGUCACCCACAACCCGGCUGCGAGGCCCUCACAGUCGAUGCUUUUCAGACUGGUCGAGGUGGAGUUCCUGUACCUCUUCCUCCCAGUCCAGAUGUUGCUCCAAGUUCUGGCUUGGCUGGAAACCUAUCAGGGGAGAGUGGUUCUCCUGGCUUCACGGUGGCCAGCCCAGCCCUGAUUUAAGGCACUGCUUGCUCGGAGUCCGAACCUGGGCAUUUUCCGUGGCUUCGCCUCUUUCAACAGCAUCUUGGAGGACAAGUACCACUGCACUCCAGCAAAUAAGCUAAAACAGUGUCUUGACCCAACAUAGACUAGGAUUAAAGUAAUUCUAGCAGAUUGUUAUGGAUAAAAUGUUAAUAAUUUACUAAUAAAUAUACUGAUUCUAUUCAGUUAAGUUCACUACUUAAAUCCCGUACACUUUUCACACUUGUUACUGUAAUGGAGUAAAAUAGAUAAUGGACUGAAUACUUUCAAAGUUUAAAGACUGUGCUGUAUUGACAUAAAAUUUAUAUGAAUCUCUGUAUAUGUUUAGUGCUUAAGAGAAAUUCAUAAGUAGAAAAGCUUGUAUAAAAGUGAAUCCAUAUCCACUUGUGGAUCUGGAUCACUUGUGUUCCACUUGAAUUCAUUGUGGCUGUAAGUGUCACCACUUGUCACCCACACAAGUAUCACCACUUGUGUUCAAUGUGGCAGUAAGACAAUACAAAAUGUAUUCAAGUAGCAUGUAAGAGUAUGGUGUAGUGGUCAGUAAACUAUCUUUACAUGUGAGAGCCUCCUAGUUCAAAUCCUGGAAAGGGGCAGGACAAUCUGUUCAACGUUCCUUCACUCCAUUUGCCCAUUUGCUCCAUUUGUGCAAUCAUUGUGGAUAUAAAUAAUUAGGCAAGUUGUGUUCCGAGGGAAAACCAGUAUGGUUAGGCUUUGAAAUGAACUGUAGUAAAAAGGGAAUGUGUGAAAAAGGUUUUUGUUGGAAAAAACUAUUAGUAUUAAGUGUAUCUUCCCAGAGGAUCUCAUCUUAUAAGACAUUCAGGUGUUUAGUUUCUAAAACAAAAAAUGAAACAAACAAACAAAAUUUUGUCAAAGAAGGUACUGUGCUUAAUGAAAGAGAGAAGUCAUAUUAGUCAAAUAAACACCAAAUCCAUCCACUAGACAUAGAGGCAAAAAUAUUUCAGUUCAUCCUUAAUGCUCAUCAAGUAAAAUCAGUGUUUAAUGUGUUAAAAAAACAGUAAAGCUAAUCAAAAUAUAGUACAAUGAGAGUUCAUUCAGGAGAAAAGCCAUAUCAAUGUUCUGUGUGUCUGAAUUACUUUUCACAUAAAUCUGCUCUAAAAGAACAUAAAAAAGGCCACAGGAGACAGAAGUAUCGGUGUUUAGUAUGUCUAAAAGGUUUUCCACGAAAUUCACAACUAAUAAAACACACAAGAGUUCAUACAAGAGAGAAACCGUUUCAAUGUUCAGAGUGUCUAAAAGACUUCUCACAAAAAUCAACUCUUGUAAGGCAUAAGAAAGCUCAUUCAGGAGAGAAACCAUAUCAGUGCCCAGUAUGUCAAAGAAAAUUUACAGAUAAAUCAGCUCUAGUAAAACAUACAAAAAUUCAUACUGGAGAGAAACCCUAUCAAUGCUUAGAAUGUCCUAAAAAGUUUUCUGAGAAAGCAUCUCUAAUAAAACAUAUUAGAAUUCAUACAGGUGAGAAACCAUAUCAAUGCUUAGAGUGCUCAAAAGGUUUUUCAGUGCAGUCAUCUCUAGUAAAACACAUGAGAAUUCAUUCUGGUGAAAGGCCAUAUCGGUGUUCAGAAUGUCUAAAAGGCUUUCCACAUAAAACAGCUUUAGUACAGCAUAUGAGAAUUCAUACAGGAGAGAAACCAUAUAAGUGUUCAGAGUGUCAAAAAGAAUUUUCAAGAAAUGCACAUCUAAUUCAGCAUAUGAGAAUCCAUACAGGAGAGAAACCUUUUCGCUGUUCGGAGUGUCUAAAAUAUUUUUCACAAAAGCCAGAUCUAGUCAAACACAUAAGAGUUCACACAGGGGAGAAGCCAUAUUCAUGCUCUGUGUGUCCAAAAGGUUUUACACAAAAAUCAUGUCUAGCAAGGCAUUUAUUGGUACAUACAGGGGAGAAACCAUAUUCAUGCUCAGUAUGCCUAAAAGCCUUUACACAAAAAUCAGAUGUAGUAAAACAUGAGCGAAUUCAUACAUGAAUUAAAUAUCACUGAGCUCAGUAUGUCUAAAGAACUUUCUGGCUGACCCUUAUUAGCUCCCCUUCGCAUUUGUUCUGGUACCACAGAGAUGCACAAAAGUACUAGGCUUCUGGACUUGCUCAGGCCUACUGAGCACCAGGACCUGGGUAGGAUGUACUCAUAGAGAAGAGGGGAGCAUGGGUAUCUAAGAACAACCCCACAACUGAGUAAACCAGCCCAUAAAGUGCAGGUAAAGCAAAACAAACUAUGUAUUUUGAUGAAGGAGAGAAAAGAUAGAAAUAAGAGAAGCUGUAGUUUUCCCAGUGUUAACAUACCAAGUUCUAGUAUCCCAGUAUAAGAAUAAAGGUAAUGACAAAAGGCCUAUUGGCCCAUACGAAGCAGCUCCUAUUUAUUUUGACCCAAACUCACAUGGAUGUCUAACCUGAGCUUGAAGCAAUCCAUUUAUCCCAUGUUUAUUAUGUUAACUGGUAAUUUGUUCAUAAUCAACAACACUGUUUCAAAACAGUAUUUACUUGGGUCUUUACUGAAUUUAAAUGUCUCCAGAUUGUAUCCAUUGUUUCAAGUUCUGUUUUGUGUUAAUAUAUUUAAAAUCUUGUUUAUAUCAUCUUUUGACCUUUUAUAUGCUGUACUUCAGUCGUAUCACCCUUUACUCUUUGUCUUUCUAAAGAUGGUAAAUUAAGCUUCUUUAAUUUCUCUUCAUAAGGGAGGUUUUUAAUUAAUGUGAUUAACUCUGUGAUCCUUUUUUUGUGCAUUUAAGUGAAUUUAUGACUUUUCUAUAGUAAGGAGACUAAAACUGAACUGCAUAAUUUAUAUGAGGCCUGACAGUGGCAAGAUAAUGCUAAAGAAUAAUAUUAAAUGUCUUAAAUUAACUCUUCCGGAAAUAAGUCCCAGUAUCCUACUUGCCUUGAAUUUGUGGCCUAUGAUCCCUAGUAAUCAUGACUGCUAGAUCUUACAUUCACACUUCACACAUUCAAACUUUGCAAUUUCAACAUUUUUCAUCUUCUAUCUAGUAAUUGUUAUUAUUACUUAUGCUCAGAGCGCCAAAAUUUUUCAUCGUUAAACUAUAUCUACCAAUCUUUUGUCCGUUUUGAAAGCCAUCUAGAUAAGCUUAUGGUGAUUUUGUGUGUGUAUUUGAAUUUAUUUCCUGCUUUAUUUUUGUAUCAUCAGCAAAUUUACAAAUAUUGCUAUUCAGCUCUGUGUCUAAAUUCUUUAUAUUUAUGGUAAAGAACAUAGGUUCCUGGACAGCUCUGUAUCACUAUAUACAACCCAGCAAACAAUUUAAGGUUGCCACAACAUAUCUGGAAAGUAUCUGAAAGGAUUGGAAACGUUUGUUUUAUCGUAUCAGAUACGAAUUUGUGUGUGGACUUAAAUAGGUUUC